AAACCAUGUUUGUAAUCAACAUUUGUCUAAACAAGAAAAGAACAAUGGAAUAAAUUAUCUCUAAAUUAAAUUGGAUUUUGAUAUUCACUUUUUGAUUCCAGUUUUCAUCUUAAACGAGAAACUUGAAUUAAUCAUUGAUUUGAUUUUGUUCCUUUAAAUCAAUAAUUCUCUUGGAAUUGAAUCGAUGAUGGGAGACGAAGAACAUGAAAGAUCAUUCGCAGCUCCUCUCAUAUUCUUAAUCGUUCUCGCUUUUCAAUUUGCUUCUUAUUGGAUUGAUCAAUUCAAACAGAGUGGAUCUGAGAAGGAAAAAGAAACUCAGUUGCGUGCAGAAAUAAAAGAACUUUUGAAGGAGGCAAGCUCCCUUUCGCAGCCAUCCACCUUUGCACAAGCAGCAAAACUCAGAAGACAGGCGGCUGCAAAGGAGAAGGAACUUGCAAAGUGUCAUAAUUUACAUGAUGAGGACACAGCUUUGUAUUCUAAAGUUCUGUUCAGCACAAAGGUUUUAACACAUUUAACUUUGCUUAUCUGGUUUUGGAGUACUCCUGUGGCUAGCAUAUCUCAACAACUUGUGCAACCAUUUGGGAGAUUAUUAUCUUGGAAGACUGGAGGACUUCAAAAUAACAAUAUUAUGGUUGGAAUAAUACCUUGGCUAGCAAUAUCUUCCAGGGUUAGCAAAUUUAUUUGUAAACUCACGUAUGGCAAAUAGAUUUUCAUGAUCUUCAUCGAGAAUGACUGAUUGGUAGCUGGUUGGAGCGGUAUCGUGGAUUUAAAACAGCAAGAACAGGACAUUACUAGGUUGUACAUCUUGAAAUUAGUCCCUCCUGCCUCCUGCUUGUUAUAUGAUAUGCAUUUCUUCUGGGCUGUUUUUAUUUUUCCACUUGAUUUUUUUUUGGGUACUUAUCAAGAAAUUUUGUCUUCAAAUAAGGAGAUUUGUUUUAAAGGCCUUUGGAUUAGUCUUAUUUAUUAAUUUGUUUGUUUUUGAUGUUGAAUUGGUAAGUUUGUAAAUUUUUGAUGGUGUAAUUUGUGUUCUUUUUUUGAGGGUUGGUUCUAUUGUAUCAAAAAAGAGGGGACAGUAGUUUUGACUUGAAUUAGGUGUUGUACAGCAAGUAUGUCAUGAGGUUAUUUAUGCUGUGAUUAAUUUGUUA